AUGACGUACCACGGCAAAUACCAGCAUCACCGCCCCAAACACCAGCACUACCACCACUACCACAAACCCGCCCGCCCGCGCAGCCCGAGCCCGCCGCCCGGCAUGAGCUCCAGCCAGGCCAUAGCCAUCCUCUCCGACCUCUGGGGCAGCGACUCGGCCGCGUGGAAGCCGGCCGACUGCGGCUUCGGCUCGCACCCGCUCAGCUGGCCGCCGCGCAUGCUGACCGCCCUCGCCGACCUGGCCCGCGCUGCCGGUCGCGGCGCCAGGAAGAGGGAUUCCGCGCUGCGUCUGGUGGAAGACCUGGUCGCCCGCGAGCAGCGCAAGGAUGGUAGGCUGUGCAAAGCCACCCCCGAGCACGUGAACCAGGCGGCCGAGAUCUUGGAUAGAGAGGCUGCGGAGGCGAAGGAGAGGAGGAGGGCUAGUGCGAGCGAUGAUAGGAGGGACGCUAGGCGCCACAGCACUGCUGGUAGGGAGGAGUAUGGGGACGACAGGCGCUAUGCCCGGGAGGACGAGCGCGAGCGUGAUGCGGGAGUGGGAUUCAGCUUCCGCGGCGCGGCGGGACAGAGGAGGGUCAGUUCAAGAGACGACGCGUACUACGGCGAUGUCGACCGUGUCUUCAACCGGGAGAUGAGGAGCCGCGAGUCGCUGAAGCCGCGUGAGUAUCACAAGUCUGAGCGGGUUUACGCCUCUUAUGAGCAAUCGGCGAAGCAGGAGCAGCGUGUCGCUCCCGAGGUGGAUCAGAGUCACUACACCAAGCCAUCCUCGGACCCCCAGGAGAGGUUUGCGAAGGAAGACCAGGGAAGUGUGCCCAAGCCGUUGCAGAGCAACAACACCAGCAUCAUGGCCGUUACCGAAGACGAGACUGCCAAGCUUCAUCCCCAGCGCGCAAAGCGUCUGCUGGAGGGCGAUGACACCGAGUCUGACGAGACUAACAAGAAAUCCAAGCUGACCGAUGCUAACAUGACACCACUUCCUUUCAAGGCUUCGCAGCCGUCUACGUCCCAGCCAGCUCCUGCAGAGACCUCACAGCCUCACAGCACCAUCACCACUACCCAAGCUAACAGCUCCAAGGAUAUUGCCAAUGCUGCCACCCAGACAGUUGCCAACACAAACAGCGCCGCCACCCAGACAAACGACGACAACAACAAGAACAAGGACCUCAUCGCCAAACUCGAAGCCGAGCUUGCCACCCUUCAAGCCCAGAUCGCCACGCAAACCGCACAGCUAGCCGAAGAACGCGCCACCCAAUCCGAGCUGGCCGCCGCGAUGGACCGGGUCAAGCUCGACCUCGACCUCACCGACGCCGCGCGCGCCGCGACCGAGGCCGACGCCGGCAAGUGGCGCGCUUUCGGGCCGGGCAUGCGCGCCAUCAUGCGCGAGAACAAGAGGCUGGCCAAGGUCGAGAUGCAGAAGGAGAAGCUCGAGAGGGAGGCGGCUGGGCUGAGGGUAGACAUGCGGGUCGCGCAGCAGAAGUGCGUGGAGGCGGAGGCGCGGGAAGAGGCGUGCGAUGUGGAUGCUGAGAAGGUGAGGGUUAUUAGGGGAGAUGAUGAGUUGAAGAUGGUUAAUGCGGUGUUGAUGAGGGAGAAUGAGGCGUUGAGGGCCAAGCUUGACGAGCUUGGUGUGCCCGUUGGACGUGCCCAUGAGAAGGCGGAGAAGCCGGUGGGUUGA